GAUGCUGUUCUCGAUGCCAUCACAGUUGAAUAGAUGAAACAACGUUGUUUCAACUAUUUCUCUCAGUAACGCACGGUUUACAGAAGCUCAACGAGUUUCAGUCCUUGGGCGAAUUGAAAAUUCUAUCAAACAGACGACAAGAUAUCGACCGCCAACAAAUAUGUCGCGCUGGUUCCGACUCGUGAUGUUUGUGACGGGCGCGUCUUCUUUGUUCGGAAGCCUGUACGUCUGGCACGCCACUAACCAGCAAGCUCAAGUGCUCAUGAGGGCGCAACAAAUGAGAGAUCAUCUGUACCGUACAUUACGAGAAGAACAAAAUCGUCCUUUGGCGCCGGGAGCCGACUUGUCUGACUCGAACCUGCCCAUGAUAUACGCUAUCACCCCGACCUACAACAGACCUGAGCAGAUCGCAGAGCUGACGCGGUUGUCACAAACGUUGAUGCAUGUACCGGCGCUACACUGGAUUAUCUGUGAAGACGCGACCACCGCUUCAGAACCCCUGCAGCGAUUCCUCCUUAACCUCAAGCUUCCCUACACUUUCCUGUUCGCUCCGAUGCCAUCGAAGUACCGAGACGAUAAAAAGAUGGUCUACAAACCCAAGGGCGUGGCCGCCCGCAACGCGGGCAUGCGGUGGAUCAGGGACAACAACAAAACUGGCGUCUUCUACUUCAUGGAUGACGACAACUCCUACGACUUACGACUCUUCCGUGAGAUGCGCUACACUCAGCGGGUGUCCAUGUGGCCGGUUGGUCUUGUCACGGGCCUGGCGUUGUCCACUCCAGUCCUAAAAGACGGACACCUCGUCGGUUGGUACGACGGAUUCAUCUACGGAAGGAAAUUUCCUGUUGACAUGGCGGGUUUCGCUGUUAAUGUUGACUACUGGAGAGCUGCAGGUGAAGUAGAGAUGCCGUUCAAAACUUCAUAUGAAGAAGACGGUUUCUUGCGGGCCAUUGGGAUCAGCUUCUCUGAACUGGAGUUCAAAGCAAACGAUUGCACAGAGAUCUACGUCUGGCACACCAGGACAUCGAAGGCGCCCAAAGCGAAACGGACCAUUUUUGAACCCGCGUUCGACGAUUCAAACAUCCGCAUUUUGCAAAAUUCAAUGUUAAUAGAACCUCUUACUGAAGCUAAUGCCAAUAAAAAUUACUCUAGUGAAGUGAGUAAGAUGAUGACGCUAAAGACAAGCUGAUAUGAAACAACGAAUUUAUCGUACGCUUAUCAGCCACCCAGCUUACGUAGUAACUUAAAAUUGUUAGGGAUAACAUUUUAUAUGUCUAUGCACGCAAAAAAACUAAUGAGCUUUUGUCCGAAUAGCGAUACUCUUUUGUCCUUGCAUGGGUCAUCUUGAUCCACGUUUGUCCCAGGAAAAAAGGACUAUCACUGUAAAAAUCACUAUCACUGUAUCAGUGCUACGUCCUCUCUCUGUGCGUGCAGUGGGCAAGAAAGUGUGUCACUAUUAGCACCGUGUGACCCAUUUAUUUUAUA